AUGACCCUUGACAGGAUUACCUUACAAAACAUGGAGAAGAAGCCUAAUGAGAAUUUUAGGCAAUAUGCACAGAGGUGGAGAGAGGUAGCGAUGCAGGUCCAACCACCACUGUUGGAGAAGGAGACCACUAUGUUAUUUAUUAAUACUCUGAAAGCCUCAUUUAUUGCUCAUAUGAUUGGAAGCACUACUAAAAGUUUUGCGGACAUAGUUAUGGCAGGAGAGAUGAUAGAGAAUGCCAUAAGAGGGGGAAAAAUUGAGGGGGAAGUAGCCAAAAGAUCAGCCCCAAGAAGAAAAGACAACGAGGUAAACAAUACAAGUGAUUUCAAUUCAAAAGCAGUCAUAGUUAGCCAACCCAAAGUAGCCACAGUUGGGCAACAAGGCUCUCAAAAGCAGGAAUCCAACACUAGGCAUGAUAGGAUGCAAUUUACACCUAUACCUGUGACGUAUAGAGAGCUCUAUCAAAAUCUAUAUGAUGCACAUGCUAUAGCCCCUUUCCAUUUAAAACCAUUACAACCUCCGUAUCCUAAAUGGUAUGAUGCAAAUGCUAGAUGUGAGUAUCAUGCUGGAAUAUCGGGGCACUCAAUCGAGAAUUGUACUGGAUUCAAGAAAGCUGUAGAGAGGUUGAUCAAGAAUGGGGUUUUAAAAUUUGAGAAUACCUCAAGUACGGAGAAUCCUUUACCAAACCAUGACAAUCAGAGAAUAAAUGCCAUUGGUAAAGUCGGUGAAAUAAGGGAAAAGGAAAAUGUUGAGGAGAUAAGGAUGCCUAUAAGGGUAAUCUGGGAGGAGAUGAUGAAGAGAGGUAUGUUGACUUCUAAAAAUGAGUGGGACUACGGUGAGUUCUGUGAAGAUUGCGAGGAAUUCAAGGCCUUGGUGCAGGGCUUUAUAGACAACAAAGAGCUACAGGUUUAUGAAGGUAGCUCUAGUGAAAAGCAAGUAUGUGUGCUGGAAAAUGAACAGCAAAGAACCAGUAGACCAAGGAUUAUUAUCUCCCUGCCAGGGAAUAAUGAAAUGGGGACACCAGCAGCGCCUAAGGUUAUUAUCCAUACACCUACUCCUUUUCCUUACAAGGAUAGCAAGAAAGUACCAUGGAGUUAUGACUGUAGCGUAACGGUGCCAGGAGAAGGAAACAUAGCCAGUGCAUCUAAAGAUGUACGAGAUGAAGGUUCCCAUAUGCGGAGUGGGAGGCGUUAUGAUAUGGGGGACGUCAGAGUAGAGCCCACAAAACCCAAGAAUGUUGAAAUUAAGAAAAAGAGUGAAGUACCUGUUAACGAGCCCGUAGGUGAGGAGGAGGCUAAGGAAUUUCUAAAGUUCCUUAAGCAUAGUGAGUACAAUGUGGUCGGCGAUUCGUAA